AUGAACCAAAUAAAACAGAAACCAUCGAAACGGCUGGACCUUCAAGGUAUCCGUGCUCUGGCAAUUAUAGUGGUCCUUGGAUUCCAUUUUUAUCCAGAAUACUGUCCAAAUGGAUACCUCGGGGUUGAUCAAUUUUUCGUCUUAUCCGGAUUCCUAAUGUGUAUGUUGUUAAAACGUUCCGAGAAUCAAUUACCGUGUCAAUUAGUCAGUCUGUUUUACUCCAAAAGAUUCAAACGAAUCCUCCCAUUAUAUCUGCUUGUUAUCUUCCUUUGCAUGAUUUGCCUAUACUCAUUUUUCCCGGAUACCGCUAUCGAAACUAAUCAGGAAUCUGCUAUCCACGCUCUUCUUUUUGUGUCCAAUCGGCAGAAAACAGUCGCGGAGGAUUAUUUUCAAAUGUUAUUUAUCGCAGUCGACAUCUUCACCCAUACUUGGUCUCUAUCCGUGGAGAUUCAGUUCUAUUUUUUGGUUCCUUUCAUUUUUCUACUAGCUACCAAGCUUCCCGAAAAAUUUCAAUUAGGAUACUAUGGAAUAGUUGGAUUCAUCUCAUUCGUUCAUUUUUCCACAAUCCCCCCUUCGGUAGCAUUCAAUAGCGUUUUCGCCAGAAUCUGGCAGUUUUUAAUCGGUAUGGUUGUAUAUCUCCUUGGUCUAUCCAUAUCCGAGUCUCAAUAUCGACUUCUCAAUAAUCCAGAAAUUUUGGAAUCCAAGCAGCUUCUAGAAGACGAGGAGAAUGAAGAAGCUGACUGUUGUCCCGAGGAGAACUUCGCGAACUUUCUAAAAUACUCUCAGUCAGUGGCAUUUGUUUCUCUAAUCUCUUUGAUAUGCAUCGCUAUGUUCCCUAUGACGCUACCUUCUUUAGUGGUUAGACCACUAGUAACAAUUGGCACUGGACUAUUAAUGUUGUUAUCGGAAGAUAAUUGGAUACUAUCUAACAAGUUAUUGACCUAUAUCGGAGAUAUCUCAUAUUCCUUGUACCUGAUUCAUUGGCCCAUUUAUGCAUAUUGGAAAUUAACUUGUGAAAGAAACCAAGCUCUUCUUCUCCUCGCCCUGAUCUCAUCAUUGAUUCUUGCCGUGAUUACAUUUGAGACUUUUGAAAAGUGGUAUCUAAAACUGUCAUCUACCAAUAUAGGAGUACUCGUGGUGGUGUUAUUUUUCCUAAGCAUUGUUGUUAUAAAAAAAGAUGAAGUUACGGAUUUCAUCGAUUCAAUCGGAAAGAACAAGUCAAGUCUAGACGGCGUUACUGACGAUAUGACCGCUGUCGAUGCCGAGCGCCUAAAUUACCGAUGGAGCGUGAAUGAUAAUCGAAAUCUAUUUGAUCCUACUUGUGUAUACGAGAAUCCGGAAACUGCAAAGAAUUUGAUUAAUAAAAAAGAACGUUUUAGGGAUUAUCGGGUGAAUUCAAGAUGGCCACGAUUGGAAACAGCUGGAAUGCGAAUCAUGCUAAAAUGUUCUAUCAGGAGUGUGGAUAUAAAGCAAAGAGUAUUAUGCAAGGAUCGUCUACUGGUUAGUUGGACGAUUCUUCAUCUGAUAAAUUGGUCACUAUCUUCAACAUUUUAUUCAGGAUGUGAACCCCUCUUCCCUACCGGUCAGAUUGAAAUGUGCCGACAAAAUUUCACGGAUUUCGAAGUGCACAUUCGUAAUGAAAAACCAGACUACGCUUUCAUGUUCACAAGGUUCAUGUCAAUCGGUGCGUCAUGGCCGCGAAACGUGACAAGUUUUGAACAAGACUCCAUCUACCAAACUAUGAAGGGGCAGAUGCUGAAAUUCAUCGAAAAUAUUAAAUAUAAAUUGUACAUUUUGGAUGCGAUUCCAAGAAUCAAUAGAAGAACAGUGAACCAAAUUGCACAGCUUAUAAAAAAUGGAACUGAUCCAGUUGCCAUCGAUAAAAUUAUGGUCCGUCCACAUGGUCAUGAAAUGGCUCGAAAGCGGCAUGCUCAACUGGUGAAAGAUUGUAAAGGAAAGUGUGAAUUAGUGGAUUAUGUGCCGGAAUUCUACAAGAACGCUACUAAAACUUUCCGAUAUUUUGAUGAGAAGGGAUUCUCAUAUUUCACGACUCCUGAGCAUUUAUCACCUCAUGGAAUCGAACAUAUCAGACAUGUUUGGACCGAUAUUUGUAAAAAAUUGUAG